CAUGUGUGCAUGUCGGCAAAAGUACAGGUGAGGGUAUGCAAUAGGGGGAGCAAGAGGAGCAAGAGGAUGAGUAAGAGGAGGAGCAAGAGGAGGAGCAAGAGGAGGAGCAAGAGGAGGAGCAAGAGGAGGAGCAAGAGGAGCAAGAGGAGGAGCAAGAGGAGGAGCAAGAGGAGGAGCAAGAGGAGGAGCAAGAGGAGGAGCAAGAGGAGCAAGAGGAGCAAGAGGAGGAGCAAGAAGCGAGGAGCAAGAGGAGCAAGAGGAGGAGCAAGAGGAGGAGCAAGAGGAGGAGCAAGAGGAGGAGCAAGAGGAGGAGCAAGAGGAGGAGCAAGAGGAGGAGCAAGAGGAGGAGCAAGAGGAGGAGCAAGAGGAGGAGCAAGAGGAGGAGCAAGAGGAGGAGCAAGAGGAGGAGCAAGAGGAGGAGCAAGAGGAGGAGCAAGAGGAGGAGCAAGAGGAGGAGCAAGAGGAGGAGCAAGAGGAGGAGCAAGAGGAGGAGCAAGAGGAGGAGCAAGAGGAGGAGCAAGAGGAGCAAGAGGAGGAGCAAGAGGAGGAGCAAGAGGAGCAAGAGGAGGAGCAAGAGGAGGAGCAGGAGGAGGAGCAAGAGGAGGAGCAAGAGGAGGAGCAAAGGAGGAGCAAGAGGAGGAGCAAGAGGAGGAGCAAGAGGAGGAGCAAGAGGAGGAGCAAGAGGAGGAGCAAGAGGAGGAGCAAGAGGAGGAGCAAGAGGAGGAGCAAGAGGAGGAGCAAGAGGAGGAGCAAGAGGAGGAGCAAGAGGAGGAGCAAGAGGAGGAGCAAGAGGAGGAGCAAGAGGAGGAGCAAGAGGAGGAGCAAGAGGAGGAGCAAGAGGAGGAGCAAGAGGAGGAGACAUGAAUGGAUCCUGCAGGGACUGACAGGGAU